AUGAAAGAAAUCAUUUCUAUUCACAUCGGUUAAGCAGGUAUUUAAGUUGGUAAUGCCUGUUGGGAAUUAUUCUGCUUAGAACACGGUAUCCAGCCAGAUGGUUAAAUGGCAUCAGACAAGAGAUUCGAAGAUAUUGAUGAUGGCUUGAAAACCUUUUUUUCAGAAACAAGUGCAGAAAAGUAUGUCCCAAGAGCUCUCUUUUUGGAUUUGGAACCAACAAUUAUUGAUGAAGUCAAAACAGGAACAUACAGAUAAUUAUUCCAUCCAGGAUAUUUAAUUUCAGGAAAGGAAGAUGCUGCCGAUAUCUUCUCCAGAGGUUAUUACAGUAUUGGUAGGAAAUUUGUUAAUUUGUAUGAAGACAGAAUCAGAAAGUUGGCUGAUAACUGCACAAAUCUAUAAGGUUUCUUGAUUAGCCACUCAAUCGGAGGAGGAACAGGAUCAGGAUUGGGUUCUCUUUUAUUGGAAAGGUUAUCUAUCGAUUAUUGUAAGAAAUCUAAAUUGGCUUUCACUAUUUAUCCAUCUCCAAAACUGUCAGCAGCCAUCGUUGAUCCAUACAAUUCCAUUUUUUCAACCCACUCAUUAUUGGAACACACUGAUAUCUGUGUCAUGUUUGAUAAUGAAGCUCUUUAUGAAAUUUGCAAAAGAAACUUGGAUAUUGAAAUACCAAAAUACUCUAACUUGAACAGAUUGAUUGCUCAAACCAUUUCCUCAUUGACAGUUUCAAUGAGAUUUAAUGGUGCCUUGAAUGUCGAUAUGCCUAGUCUCUAAACUAAUUUAGUGCCAUAUCCAAGAAUCCACUUUAUGCUUUGCUCAUAUGCCCCAAUCAUCUCAGAUGAAAAGGCUUAUAAUGAAUAUAUCUAAGUACCUGAAAUCACAAAUUCAGCCUUCGAACCAGCCAACAUGAUGGCUACAUGUGACCCAAGACAUGGUAAAUACAUGGCUUGCUCAAUGCUUUAUAGAGGUGACGUAGUCUUAAAGGAUGUCAAUGCCUCUAUUGCCAUUAUCAAGAAAAAGAAAACAAUCUAAUUCGUCGAUUGGUGCCCAACUGGAUUCAAGGUUGGAAUUAAUUAUUAACCACCAACAAUUGUUCCAGGAAGUGAUUUUGCUAAGGCCAGGAGGGCUGUUUGUAUGAUCUCCAACACAACUGCUAUUGCUGAAGUUUUCUCCAGACUUGAUCAUAAAUUCGAUCUUAUGUAUGCUAAGAGAGCCUUCGUUCACUGGUAUGUCGGUGAUCGUAUGGAUGAAGGGGAAUUUUCAGAAGCCAGAGAAGAUCUUGCUUGCUUAGAAAAGGAUUAUGAAGAAGUUGGUAUGGAUACUUUUGAAGUAGUAGAUCAAGAAGGAGAACCUUGA